AUAUUUGUGUUUACUUUCCAGAUGAGUCAGCUGUGUAAGGUGUGUGGAGAGCCUGCCGCCGGCUUCCACUUCGGCGCCUUCACCUGUGAGGGUUGUAAGUCGUUCUUCGGUCGCACCUACAACAACCUGUCGUCCCUCAACGAGUGUAAGAACAGCGGCCGGUGCGUCAUCAACAAGAAGACUCGGACGUCGUGUAAGAGCUGUCGUCUCCGCAAGUGUCUGAUGGUGGGUAUGUCGAAGAGCGGGUCGAGGUACGGCCGCCGCUCUAACUGGUUCAAGAUCCAUUACCUAAUGCAGGGAAACACCACCACCAGCAGCGCCUCCGUCACCGCCACCACCAGUAGUAGCAGCGACAUGAUCUUCACCUCCGAGCAAAGCACAACAACCACGGCCUCCAACCCGACCUCUCCCAGUCUUCUUAGUCCCUCACCUGACGGCAAGACCCUCAGUCCAGACUUUAGGGACUUCAAAGACUUCAAACUCAGUCCUGAUUUCAAGCUCAGCCCGGAGUUCAAAAUUGGUUCCGAUUUUAAGUCGAGUUUUGAGUGCAAGGGUCUGAACUCACCCACGCCCUCGUCGUCAGAGUCUCACAACUCAGACUCUUCCCUGGAGCUGAAUGAAAAGUCGUUGUUCCCGCCCUACCCGGAGCACCUCUACCCGAAGGAGCUGCUGGCGCUGUAUAACUUGCCGACGCUGACGCCCCACCUGCCGCCCUACGUGGCCCCAACCUCCCUCGCACACCGCUACCUCUACCCGUACUACCCGUCACUUCUCUCAGUCUACUCGCGCCGCCAAUAUCUCGACUCUCUCCUGCAGAAGGCGCGGCAGAACGAGGCCUCGACGCCACCCGUCGAAGUCGAGGACGAACCAAGGGAUUUGGCUGCCUCUCCUAACCGGGAGUUCCCUCCGCCACCCAAGUUCUUCAAGCCUAACUCCACACGUCCCCACCCCGACCUGAGAGUAGCGGUGAGGAACACGUCCAACCGGUCGCCGGUGCGGGGAAUAUUACCUCUCCGUCAGGAGCUGCCGGUGCUGGACAUACCACCUGGAUACAACCCCGGCCACGACCUCACGCCGAGAGGGAGUCCCGAAAUCGUUCCCAUUGCCGCCACGGCCCCUCAGGACCUACCAAUAGACCUUAGCGUUAAGAACAAGUCGCCGAGUCCUCCUCGAUUAGUCUCUGACGACGAGAGGUCAGCCUCGAACAGUCCACACGGUACUGACGACGAGGAAAGAGAGGAGAAGGAGGAGGAAGACGAGGAUGAAGGAAGAAAGAGUAAAGAAGAACAGGAGGCACCCCUGGAUCUGAGUGCAGCGAGAACCGGGUAGUUGUGUGGCGAGUGCCAGGCACCCUGCCCUGUAGCUGGUGAGUGGCCACUGCUAAUGAGUACCAGUACUAUUGAGUGCCGUUACUAAUGAGUGCCACUAUUAAUGUGUGUCACUGCUCAUGGAUGCUACUGUUAUGAGCGUCACUACCUCUGAGUGCCACUGCUAAUGAGUGGCACUGUUAAUGAGUGCUGCUGCUAAUGGGUUGUACUACUCAUGAGUGACAGUACUGACACUCGGGUGAACAGGGCAAUAGUACCAUUCUUCUCUCUCUCUCAGUGUCACACAGUGUCGGACCGUAACCGUGUCACUCAGUGCUACGACACACAGGACCAGAACCUAGCAAUGCUAAACAGGGCCACACUUAUCCCAACAGUGCCACAUAGAACCUGACCCAAGCAGUGCCAAACGGGGCCAGACCCUAGCAGUGCCACACAGAGCCAGACUCGAGCAGUGCCAAACAGGGCCAGACUCGAGCAGUGCCAAACAGGGCCACACAGACCCCAGCAGUGAGUCACUCAUCCCUCACCCGGGAGAUCUCUUGGAAAAUAAUAGUGAAAUAAUUUUGGUAACAAAUUCCUGAAGUGCCAUAGAAAGUACAAGUUUUCAUUUAUUAUGUUUAUA